CGGAGCCCCGGGCGUGUGCUGCGAGUCGGGGUCGGGUUGAGGAACGCGGUGCGGGAGGCGCGUCCCCCUAGCUCCUCCGCAGCCGCCCCUCGCGGCUCGAGUACCCCACCUCCUUCCCCCUCUUCCCCUGCGUUCUGGUCUGGGGGUCUCGGGGCAGGGAGCUGAGGGAAGGAACUAAAGAGGAGGAGGCGAAAGCGGAGCGAGGGGCAGAGAGGGUCCCGGCGCGGGGCACAGCGCGCGCUGCCUUUUGCUCUCCCGCCGGAACCGCCGCCUCCUCGCCCGGGGUGCCCGCACUAUGCAGGCGGACUGCCGGCCACCGCGAUGGGGAGCCGGGCGGUGGUGAGAGCCGGGCGCAGCCCUCACCGUCUCCGAGUCCGGGCCGCGGCCGCCGCCCCCGCCCGGGCCGCGCUACCCCUCUCCCGCCCUCUCCCUCCCCGCUCCAACUCCUCCUCCUCCUUCCCCAUGCCUCUGUUCCUCCUGCUCCUACUUAUCCUGGUCCUGCUGCUCGAGGACGCCGGAGCCCAGCAAGGUGAUGGAUGUGGACAUACUGUACUAGGCCCUGAAAGUGGAACCCUCACGUCCAUAAACUACCCACAGACCUAUCCCAACAGCACCGUUUGCGAAUGGGAGAUCCGUGUAAAGAUGGGGGAGAGAGUGCGCAUCAAAUUUGGUGACUUUGACAUUGAAGAUUCUGACUCUUGUCACUUUAAUUACUUGAAAAUUUAUAAUGGCAUUGGAGUUAGCAGAACUGAAAUAGGCAAAUACUGUGGUCUGGGAUUGCAGAUGAACCAUUCAAUUGAAUCAAAAAGCAAUGAAAUUACAGUGCUGUUCAUGAGUGGAAUCCAUGUUUCUGGACGAGGAUUUUUGGCCUCAUACUCGGUUAUAGAAAAGCAAGAUCUGAUUACUUGUUUAGACACUGCAUCCAGUUUUUUGGAACCUGAAUUCAGUAAGUACUGCCCAGCUGGUUGUCUGCUUCCUUUUGCUGAGAUAUCUGGAACAAUCCCUCAUGGAUAUAGAGAUUCCUCGCCCUUGUGCAUGGCUGGUGUGCACGCAGGAGUAGUGUCAAACAUUUUGGGUGGCCAAAUCAGUGUUGUAAUUAGUAAAGGUAUCCCGUACUACGAGAGUUCUUUGGCUAACAAUGUCACGUCUGUGGUGGGACACUUAUCUACAAGUCUUUUUACAUUUAAGACAAGUGGUUGUUAUGGAACACUGGGGAUGGAAUCUGGCGUGAUUGCCGAUCCUCAGAUAACAGCAUCAUCCGUGCUGGAGUGGACUGACCACACAGGCCAAGAGAACAGCUGGAAACCCGAAAAGGCCAGGCUGAAGAGACCUGGGCCUCCUUGGGCUGCUUUUGCCACUGAUGAAUAUCAGUGGUUACAAAUAGAUCUGAAUAAAGAAAAGAAGAUAACAGGCAUUGUAACCACUGGCUCCACCAUGGUGGAACACAAUUACUAUGUGUCAGCUUACAAAAUUCUGUACAGUGAUGAUGGACAGAGAUGGACUGUCUACAGAGAACCUGGUGUGGAGCAGGAUAAGAUAUUUCAAGGAAACAAAGAUUAUCACCAGGAUGUGCGUAAUAACUUUUUGCCACCAAUUAUUGCACGUUUUAUUAGAGUGAAUCCUACACAAUGGCAGCAGAAAAUUGCCAUGAAAAUGGAACUGCUUGGAUGUCAGUUUAUUCCUAAAGGUCGUCCACCAAAACUUACUCAACCUCCACCUCCUCGGAACAGCAAUGACCUCAAAAACACUACAGCCCCUCCAAAAAUAGCCAAAGGUCGAGCCCCAAAAUUUACUCAACCACUACAACCUCGCAGUAACAAUGAGUUUCCUGCACAGACGGAGCAAACAACAGCCACUCCUGAUAUCAAAAAUACUACCGUGACUCCAAGUGUCACCAAAGAUGUGGCCUUGGCUGCGGUCCUAGUCCCGGUGCUCGUCAUGGUGCUCACCACCCUCAUCCUCGUAGUAGUGUGCACUUGGCAUUGGAGAAGCAGAAAGAAAAAAACUGAAGGCACCUACGACUUACCUUACUGGGACCGGGCAGGUUGGUGGAAAGGAAUGAAGCAGUUUCUCCCUGCCAAAUCAGUGGAACACGAGGAAACCCCUGUUCGCUACAGCAGCAGUGAAGUUAAUCACUUGAGUCCAAGAGAAGUCACCACAGUGCUGCAGACGGAUUCUGCAGAGUAUGCACAACCACUUGUGGGAGGAAUUGUUGGCACCCUUCAUCAGAGAUCCACCUUUAAACCAGAAGAAGGGAAAGAAGCAAGUUAUGCUGACCUAGAUCCUUACAACUCCCCGGUCCAAGAAGUCUACCAUGCUUAUGCCGAACCACUGCCGAUUACCGGGCCCGAAUAUGCAACCCCAAUCAUCAUGGAUAUGUCUGGGCACCCCCCAGCUUCAGUUGGUCUUCCCUCAACGUCCACUUUCAAAGCUACAGGGAACCAGCCUCCCCCUGUGGUGGGAGCCUACAACACUCUUCUCUCCAGGACCGACAGCUGCUCGUCUGCCCGCGCCCAGUAUGACACCCCAAAAGGUGGGAAACCAGGUGCCAGUGCCCCAGGCGAACUGGUGUACCAGGUGCCACACAGCACACAGGAGGCCUCAGGGGCCGGGGGGGAUGGUGAAUGUGAUGGUUUUAAAGAGACUCUUUGAAGGGGAUGCUGCUUGUUAUAAAGCAUGGUUGUAAAGCACAUGGCCUUUCUUGUGUGUUAGUGGUAGUAAUGUAG